UUUCUGCGCUGCCCGGACGCGAAUUCUUCCUCUUCCGGUUGGCGUCUGUUCGUGUGGCAGAUUCACAAGGGUCGAAAUGGCAAAGUCAAAGAACCACACAACUCACAACCAGUCUCGUAAAGCCCACAGGAACGGCAUUAAGAAGCCCAGAUCUAAUCGCUAUGAAUCAUUGAAGGGGGUUGACCCCAAGUUCCUGAGAAACAUGCGCUUUGCUAAGAAGCACAACAAGAAGGGCAUGAAGGCGGCGGCACAGAAGGCUGCUCAGAAGCCAUAGGCUCAUAAGCCUCAUUACCUUUCUACACAUUGUUCCACCAUCAAAAUAAAGCAAUGCUUUGAUAAGAAA